GCCGACCCCCACUUCCUCCCGUUUGUUCCCUGUAGAAGAGGAACUGAAAGGAAAACAAAGUAAAACGCAGCUCUCUCUGUCAUUCCUCCCUCUCUCGUUAUUCUCUCUUGCUCUCCGAUCACAUCGCUGCCAAACAUCGAAAUCCUGCUCCGACGACCCCAAACUAAUAAGAGGGUUUCGAUAAGAGGACGGAGUCACCAGCGGCGAAGAAACAUCGAAAUCCUGCUCCACACUCUAGUGAUUAUAAAAGUACAGAAUUUCCAGUUGUUCGUUCCCUUUUUCCUUUUUUUACUACUUUUUCCGCCAAAUCCCUAGAUUUGGCCGAGGUGUCUGACGCGGUACUUGCAGUAAUAACCUUCGAGACGAAGCUACGGACGAGUCGGACUCUGCGAGGUAGGAAGAGAAAUUUAUUGGGGAGUGGAGUUUUCAUUUCUUCGCGAGGCCGUAAGAAAGACCUAGCUAGAGAACCAUAUCUAUUGUUCUUCCCCGUCAUUGCGAAGCUACCCGUUAUUCUUAUUGCUCUCGAGUCACACUGGUAAUUGCGAGCCAAUCUGUUCGUUUACUGUUUGUGAAUUGAUGCUUGAAUUGAAAUCGCUGGAUGCCGGAAUUGCCGCAACCAAAACCCUUGUGAUUGAUUGAUUUAGCAAGUUGCUCAACUUGCACAGAAGUUUGUGGCGACUUUAUUGAGAUGAGAUUCUUUGAUCGAUUUGGAGGUUAAAGAGCUCGCUUCUCUUUUAAACGGUCCAAGAUAGGGUCAGUAACCACACGGGAGCCGUAGGAUUGGGAAUGGAGCAAUCCUACGGCUGGGUUGGACGUGGAGUGAGGAGGAACAUUUUUGUCCGUUUUUGUAUUUUUUAUUUUUUUUAUUCAUUCCGCAUUUCAAUGGCUGACUUUUCAAUGAAAUAGAGAAUGCAUUUUCUCUGCAACUCAACUUUCUUCCUUCUCUCUUCUUUUCUUUCAAUCUCUUUCCAGAUCUUUUCUCUUUCUCUAUUCCUUCUCUCUUACUUUUUCUUUCACAAUCUCCUUUUCAAAUUUAGAUCUGCUAUCUUCCUUCUUCAUUUUUUUCUCUAGCAAUCGACGAAUAAAAAUUGUAGCCACUCUCUUUCUUUGCAUUUCUUCUCUUCAUCAACUCGUUGGCCUCAAUUCCGAUCUUUCUCAUUUUUUUGGCAUUUUGGUGUUCUUGAUUGAGGAAGAGGAAAUGAGAGGCAUCAGAAGACGAUUUUUUCUCUCCCUCCUUCUGUUUUUUUUCUUUCUUUUAGAUAAUAUAUAUUGAUAUUAUGACUCUAUACCAUAUGGUAUUGGGUGGUAACGAAAUAUAUAUUGAUAUUACCACACUAUACCCUAUGGUAAUUUAUAGUAUUGCGUGGUAACGAAAUAUAUAUUGAUAUUACCACUCUAUACCAUAUGGUAUUGUGUGAUAUUACCAUACUAUACCAUAUGAUAUUGUGUGGUAACGAAAUAUAUAUUGAUAUUACCACACUAUACCAUAUGGUAUUGGGUGGUAACGAAAUAUAUAUUGAUAUUACCACACUAUACCAUAUGGUAUUGGGUGGUAACGAAAUAUAUAUUGAUAUUACCACGCUAUACCCUAUGAUAUUGGGUGGUAACGAAAUAUAUAUUGAUAUUACCACACUAUACCCUAUGGUAAUGUAUGGUAUUGCGUGGUGACGAAAUAUAUAUUGAUAUUACCACACUAUACCAUAUGGUAUUGGGUGGUAACGAAAUAUAUAUUGAUAUUACCACACUAUACCAUAUGGUAUUGACUGGUAAUAACUGGAAAAAAAAUUUGUGUCAAAAAAAUAUCAAAGUGGAUAUCAUUUUGAAAAGCAUAAUUAAUCUGACCUAACUGUGCAAAAAAAAUUAAAUUUCGACUUAAAACGAGUGAGAAAUCGUCCGUUAAAGAUUAAGAGAAGGAAAAUUAAAGGUUUUUCGAUGAGAGAGAAGGAGGUCCUGAUGUGGUCGGUCAAAAGUCAGCGCGUCAGCAAUAAAUAGGGGAUAAGUGCAUUUUACCUUACUGCCCUUCCGCAUUUAAUUUAAAUAAAAAAGUGGACUGACACGUGGAGAGAGGAGAGAGGGGUUACUGAUUGGUUACUGACCCAUCAGUUACUGACAAGAUCCGCUCCCCUUUUAAACUACUAGUGUCCAUCUCUUAGGAUGGAUAGUUAUUGUUUGUUGACUUGAUGUUCCAUAGCUUUGCUGUCAGAAAGCUAGUAGGAAUGUAGGAUGUUAUUGUUUGUUUUAGUUUGAGCUUAUCAGUGGUAGGCCUGAUUUUGUUUCUACAGUUUGGUUAUUGUUUCAAUGAACUUUGGAGGUAUGAGAUCUUUCAGUUGGGGGAGAGAUACGUUUUUGUGAUUCUAAUAAUUGGUUGUUCACUGCAGAAGGUAUGACCUUGAUUGAAGAAGUGCCUCAGGAAGACAAAAAAGAAGAAACAGCGGCUGAGAAGGUCGCUUCAGGGAAGCCCAAAGCAGUGCCUGCAGAGACCACCACAGAUUCAGCCACUGCCACAGCAUCAACACCAUCUGGAGGCGCAGAGAAUGACUCAGAUGGCUUUGAAACUGCGAGUGAACGUGAUGUGAGCGACAAUGAUGAAGCAAAUCAGGACAUGAAGCAGCACCAGGAAGAUGCUGCAACUGAUGAAGAAGCAAAGCAGAAAGCGUUAGUGCAAGCCAAUGAUGCUAAAUUGGAAGGCAAUAGACUAUUUGUGGAUAAGAAGUAUGAGGAGGCACUAGCACAGUAUGAUGUUGCCCUACAAGUUGCCCCUGAAUUGCCCUCUUCUUCGGAGCUCAGGUCCAUAUGCCACACAAACCGCUCUGUGUGCUUUUUGAAGCUGGGGAAAUAUGAGGAAACAAUCAAGGAAUGCACAAAAGCAUUAGAAAUAAACCCUUCAUAUAUUAAAGCUUUUAUGAGAAGAGGAGAGGCCCAUGAAAAGCUUACACACUUUGAGGAAGCUAUUUCUGAUAUGAAAAAGAUUUUGGAGUUAGAUCCGUCGAACGACUUUGCUCGUAAAUCUAUGAUUCGGCUGGAGCCAUUGGCAGCAGAAAAGCGUGAGAAAUUGAAGGAAGAGAUGAUUGAGAAGCUGAAAGAGAUGGGGAACUCUGUGCUCGGUCGAUUUGGGAUGAGCGUCGACAACUUCAUCUAGCACUCAAUCCGUGUAGCGUUGAAAGGAAACGCUGCAUAAAAUUUAUGAAGAUUGUUUAAAAUAAAGGGUAAAUACAAUUUAAUAGCCAAACCUUUUCGUUCAAAACAAAAUAAUAACCAAACCUUUUCAAAAACAAUUUAAUAGCCAAAUCGUUAAAUUUUCGUCCGGUCAACGGUUAGUUGACUCUGACGUGGCAAAUACAUUUACACGUCAGCU